AUGGACUUCGAUGACGAUGCCCCUCCGGAGUUGGUUGACACGGCGGGACAGCUUGAACAAGACGGUGAAGAAAUCGCUGUCAAAGUUCCCAUCACAAUUGUGACCGGCUAUCUGGGAGCUGGAAAGACGACAUUGUUGAAUUACAUCUUGACGGCUCAACAUGGCAAGAAGAUUGCAGUUAUUAUGAAUGAAUUUGGAGACUCACUCGAUAUCGAAAAGUCUCUAACCGUCAACCAAGGGGAUGACAGGGUCGAAGAAUGGUUGGACGUGGGGAAUGGCUGCAUUUGCUGUUCGGUGAAGGAUACCGGCGUAAAUGCCAUAGAGUCUCUCAUGUCAAAAAAGGGCGCAUUUGAUUACAUUCUCUUGGAAACCACAGGCCUCGCAGAUCCAGGCAAUAUUGCGCCGCUUUUUUGGGUAGAUGAUGGGUUGGGAAGCACCAUCUAUUUAGACGGAAUUGUUACCUUGGUCGACGCUAAAAAUAUUCUGCGCAGCUUAGAUGAUCCAACUGGGAAAGUUGAGGGGCAGGAAGACCACGAGGAUCACGGGCCACUGAUGACGACCGCGCAUGUGCAAAUAUCUCACGCCGAUGUCAUUGUCAUUAACAAAUCAGACCUUGCGAGCAACGAGGAGUUGCAGCUUGUCAAGACGCGAAUUCAAUCCAUCAACGGACUGGCAAAGUUGCAUGUGACAGAAAAAAGCGUCGUACCUCAACUGGAGGGAUUCUUACUUGACUUGCAUGCAUACGACCAAUUCGACGAGGCAGAUGAGCGGCACAAAGGCCACAGCCAUCUUGACCCUACCAUAUCAACAUUGUCAAUUCCAGUGCCUCGUCUUCCGCCCGGUAGCGUGCCCGAGGUGGACAAGUGGUUGCGCUCUGUGCUUUGGGAUAAGAAACUACCGGGAAGCGAGAAAGAGACGGCGUUUGAGAUACAUCGAGCCAAGGGGCGCAUAGUUUUGCGAGAUGGGACGGCCAUGAUGCUGCAGGGGGUGAGGGAGGUGUUUGAGCUGAGUGACGCACCAGACAAGACCGAGAUGCAACCAGAGCAGGGAAAAAUCGUCUUUAUAGGGCGGAAACUUGCAGAGGAAGAUUUUGUGCGGAGCUUUCAUAAUGCCGUCAAUUGA